AUGUCUAGCGGUCCUUCCAGCGGACCCAAGUUUCACCUCCCCUUCGCCGGGCUCGUCGUACCAGAGCACCCGAGCACACGAUCGACGCUUCGAAACCACAUGGUCGCAGCAUCGGGAGAGUUCGUGGGCACAUUCAUGUUCCUCCUCUUUGCCUUCCUAGGCCAUACAAUGUCCGCCGCCCAGGCAUCAGACUCCGCUCCAAACGGCGCGGCAAGCAAUCAGACAGUCAUCUUCAUAUCCAUGAGCUAUGGGCUGCCUCUGCUUGUCACCGCUUGGACGUUGUAUCGCAUCUCUGGUGGCUUGUUCAAUCCCGCGGUUACCGCGGGACUGGUCUUAACUGGGAACUUGCCCUGGAUCAGAGGUCUCAUAUUCUUGCCGGUGCAGCUUCUGAGUGGUAUCUGUGCUGCCGCUGUUGCGAGCUGUAUUGUGCCUGGUGAUAUUGCUGGUGUGCAGACGACUCUGGCGGAUGGCGUCAGUGUCGUUCAGGGGCUGUUUAUUGAGAUGUUCCUAACAGCCGAGCUCACCUUUACCGUCCUCAUGCUCGCCGCCGAGAAGUCAAAGCAAACCUUCAUCGCCCCCAUUGGCAUCGGCAUGGCCCUGUUCGUCGCAGAAAUAGCCGGAGUAUACUACACCGGCGGCUCCCUCAACCCCGCCCGCUCCUUCGCGCCCUGCGUCGCCGCCGCCUCCUUCCAAGGCUACCACUGGAUCUACUGGGUCGGCCCCUUCCUCGGCGCCCUCGUCGCUGCGGGCUAUUACCACUUCGUCAAGUUCUUUCACUACGAGGAAGCCAACCCUGGGCAGGAUAGUGCGAAGGGGGCGUUUCAUCCGGUUAAGGAUGCGCCGGAUUUGAUGCCGGUUAUUAAUGAUUCGGCGACGGGUACGCAGAGGACGGAUAGUGUUUGA